CACGUCCCCACGCUGGCUCCGCGUCCCCGGCAAAAUGCACCUCAAAACCCCGCUCCUCCUCACCCUCCUCUUCCUCGCCGCCGGCGAGGCCGCGGCGACGACCCUAACGGCAACCCCGGCGAAGCUCACCCAAUCCAACCGCGAAAUCACGAUCCGGUGGUCCGACCUCCCGGACCCGGACGGCCUGGACCACGUGGCGAUCUACUCCCCGCCGUCCUCCAGGGACCGCGACUUCCUCGGCUACCUCUUCCUCAACGGCUCCGCCUCCUGGCGCAGCGGCCGCGGCGAGCUAGCCCUCCCGCGCCUCCCCAACCUGCGGGCGCCCUACCAGUUCCGCCUCUUCCGCUGGCCCGCCAAGGAGUACUCCUACCACCACGUUGACCACGACGGCAACCCGCUCCCCCACGGCCGCCACCGCGUCGCCGUGUCCGGCGAUGUCGCGUUCGACGGCUCGGCCGCCAGGCCGGACCAGGUGCACCUCGCCUUCGCGGAUGGCGUCGACGAGAUGCGGGUGAUGUUCGUCUGCGCGGACGCCCGGAAGAGGUCGGUGAGGUACGGGCUGGGGAAGGAGGAGGGGGAGAAGGGCUGGACGGAGGUCGGCACGGAGGUGAGGACGUACGAGCAGAAGCACAUGUGCGAUGCGCCGGCGAACGACAGCGUGGGCUGGAGGGAUCCGGGCUUCGUUUUCGACGGCCUCAUGAAGGGCUUGCAGCCUGGGAGGAAGUAUUUUUACAAGGUUGGUAGUGACUUGGGAGGAUGGAGUGAGACAUACAGCUUUAUUUCACGUGACAGUGAGGCCAACGAGACCAUUGCUUUCCUCCUUGGUGAUAUGGGCACUUAUGUACCUUAUAACACCUACAUCCGGACACAAGAUGAGAGCUUGUCAACUGUAAAAUGGAUCCUUCGCGAUAUUGAAGCUCUUGGAGAUAAACCUGCAUUUAUUUCGCAUGUUGGGGACAUCAGUUACGCCAGAGGCUAUUCUUGGGUAUGGGACCAUUUCUUCAGCCAGAUUGAGCCUAUUGCAGCCAGUACUCCAUACCAUGUCUGCAUAGGAAAUCAUGAGUAUGAUUGGCCUUCACAACCUUGGAAACCAUCGUGGUCUACAUAUGGAAAGGAUGGUGGAGGUGAAUGUGGAAUACCGUACAGUGUCAAGUUCAGAAUGCCCGGAAAUUCUAUUCUACCUACUGGCAAUGGAGCUCCAGAUACACGCAAUCUCUAUUACUCAUUCGAUUCAGGAGUUGUUCAUUUCGUGUACAUGUCAACUGAAACUAAUUUCGUUCAGGGCAGCGAUCAACACAAUUUCCUAAAAGCUGACCUGGAGAAGGUUAAUCGAAGUAGAACUCCGUUUGUUGUGUUUCAGGGCCACCGGCCCAUGUAUACCACAAGCGACGAAACCCGAGAUUUUGCCAUGAGACAGCAGAUGGUCCAGCAUCUUGAACCGCUAUUGGUGACAUACAAUGUGACCCUUGCACUGUGGGGACAUGUCCACAGGUACGAGAGGUUCUGCCCCAUCAAGAACUUGCAGUGUCUGAACACAUCAUCAAGCUUCGUAUACCCUGGUGCCCCUGUUCAUGUUGUGAUCGGGAUGGGCGGUCAAGAUUGGCAACCCAUCUGGCAACCAAGGACUGAUCACCCUGAUGUUCCUAUCUAUCCACAGCCUGGGAUCUCCAUGUACCGUGGUGGUGAGUUUGGGUACACAAAACUCGUAGCUACAAGGGAAAAGCUGACAUUGACAUACUUGGGGAACCAUGACGGUCAAGUUCAUGACAUGGUGGAGAUAUUCUCUGAACAAACAUCUGGUGAAGAUAGCGCCGCUAAGGCGGUUGUUGGAACAAAACUUGGUUCAGCGGCCAGCACCAAGUUGAAGAUUUCCCCGUUAUACUUGGAAAUUGGAGGUAGUGUGAUGUUGGCCCUGAUACUUGGUUUUGCUUUUGGAUUUCUCGUCAGAAAGAAGAGAGAAGCUGCACAAUGGACUCCGGUGAAGAAUGAUGAAUCCUAAGGAUCACAGAUCUUGUCCUUUCAGAUACAGUUUCUUUGAUAUGAAUUGGACCGCCGCUCAACAUCGUAAUGUCAUUUGUCCAACUUUAUUUAGGUUAUGUAUUGCUGUGCAUCCUAGCAUACAUUUUAUGCAGUUCUGAUGCCGCUGCGUGUGUAUAUGCCAGGCCUAGGCAACCCAGCUUUCACCCUCCAGUGUACAAUAGUCAUUUAAAAUAAGUGUCACGCACGAUAUUCACAUUAUAUAGUACUGUUGGUUAGUGAGAGUAGUUUACCUGUACCAUACUGUAACACGACUGAUUCAUUUGUCAUUCCUGUAACUGUAGUUGUUCUUUA